AUGGAGUAUAAGCCAUGGGACUACUUCAUGGAUUUGGAUUACAACAAGUCGAGUGAAAAAGCAGUAAAGCAAGCACUAAAAACCUGUGCUGAUCCAAGUGACCGCAUCAAAAAUCCUGCCUGCGUACUAAGCUACAUUCCGAAGACAGCCAUGGCUGAUGACAUUUGUAAUUUCAAAGGUGCUAUGAAGCAACUUGCGGCAUAUAUGUUGUCUUUGAACAAUCGGAAAGCUUUUGGGAUACUGACCACGUACUGCCAUACGUACUUCGCCAUUCUGGAACAUCCUGGAAAAGGUCGUCCUACGUUGAAAGUGUCGAGAGCUGUGAGAUACAGUGAAAAUGAUGUUCUGGAACGGGUGUUUAAGUUUAUUGAGUUGGCAGUCAGAACGCCCGCUGUUGAAAUGAAGGACAAGAAUGAUAGUACCAAUGUGUCACCCGUACAGAUAGGCAAAAGGAAUGCAGGACAGUGCCAAACAAAAGCAUCGUUUAAGAAAGGCGACAGAACAAAGCGAUUAAAAGGGAAUAAAGACUCCAAGAAUGGAAAUAGUGGAAGUAGUCCAAAGAAGCGGGCCACUUACGGUGAUUACAUCAUAGACGGCAUCAUAGGAGAAGGAAGGAGUGGCUGUGUCUUGCGGCUUGUUGACCGAAAUGGUUGCUCAUUUGCAGCUAAAACAAUCGGGGAGUUUAAAUACAAAACAAAAAUGGAGAGGAAAGAAAUCAUUUCUGAACUUCAAAACGAAAUAGAAAUUUAUGAAGCAUUGAAAGACUUGCAAGGCAGGGUCUUGCCUCGAUUACACUUUGAGGCUUAUUUAGAUCGUACAAGGUACUCUCUGAUAAUGGAUGGACUAGACGCCGACCCACUAUGGACAGGACAUCCAACGGAAGAUCAAAAAAGAGCAAUUCUUGCUGUUCUGCAUCAGAUCCACGAGAGGGGGAUUUUACACGGUGACAUUAGGAAAGAGAACAUUUUAUUAGACCGGAAGGACAAAAAGAGAGUCUACUUCAUUGAUUUUGCACUUUCAUCAGUGUGUGAUGUGCAGAAGGAAUUCCAGGGAGAAAUGGAGGAGCUCAGAUCACUUCUAGAAAUGGAUCAGGAGCCGAAGUCUUUCAAGACCUUGCACAAACACAAGAAGAAUAAAGAAUGA